UAGUAUCGUCGCAAAAUUUGUUACCAUACAAAAGACUGUGUUUUUGUGGAAAAUGGUCGGACUGAAAGCAGUUGUGUGUGCUAUUCUAGUGGUUGGAGCUAAUGCCACAGGUUGUGGGUUCGGGUAUGAUGGGGCCUUAGGACCUGACCACUGGCAAGACGAAUACAGUCAAUGUGCUGGAAAACACCAGAGUCCCAUCAAUAUUGAUUCGGCACAUGUGACCCGGACGAUCUUACCGCCACUAAGAAUGGAAGGUUUCUACUAUACCGAUGGCGAGGCCAUUCUCACAAAUAAUGGACAUACUGCUAUGAUGACAACGGAUUCGGAAAACAGACCAACCAUAUCUGGCGGGCCACUGAAUGGAGAAUAUGUAUUCAGUCAAUUACAUUAUCAUUGGGGGGACAGUGAUGACCACGGUAGCGAAGACGAAAUUGAUGGAGUGUCUUAUCCAAUGGAAUUGCAUAUGGUUUUCUAUAAAAAAGAUUAUCUGGAUGCUACAUCAGCAAUGGAUCAUGUGGACGGACUGUGUGUUUUAGCUUGUCUCUUUGAGGUCAGUGAUGUGCACAAUGACAAUUUCAAUGGAUUUUCUCAAGUCCUUCCACGAAUCGUUGAAGCUGAAACCGAAACGGCAUUCGAUGUAGCUCCAGCAUUAAUCGAUUUGCUUCCAAAUGACUUAACUCAUUAUUUCACAUACAACGGAUCGCUGACUACACCACCCUGUUCGGAAGUCGUCACAUGGAUUGAUUUCAAAGAUCACAUCAAACUGUCUCAUGAUCAGUUUCAAGAUUUCCGUGCUUUGCGGAACGAAGAGGAUCGCAUUAUGUCGAAUAAUUUUAGAGCGGUGCAACCUCUUGGCGAUCGGGUUGUUCUUUACAAUGUACAUCUGUACGAAACGUUCUUCGACGAAAGAGUAGAACAGCAGAAAUUGAUUAAUGAUAUCGAUCAACUUAAUGCUGAAUUCGAUGAAAUUGUGGGAAAUCUGUGAUUGGUCGGAAAAGAAAAUGGAAUAAAUAAAAAAAAACUUUCGUUUCGAUAAAGU